AUUCACUGGCUCUUGCACUCUGUCCGUCUGUGUAGGAAGUGUUGGUGUGUGUGUCUAUUCGUGUGUGUGUGUGUGCUUGUGGUGCUGUGCUGUGCUGACACUGCCGUGUGUGUGUAUGUGUGUGCCAGAGCUUGCAUGCUUCCUUAGUGCGUCUGGAACAAGAACAGUCCAAGAGGCACAUGGUUGCUCAUUUAUUUGUAAGUUAGAUCUUCACUGUUACAGGCAGAUAAGGGCAAGUGGAACUAAAGACAGAUAGAUAGACAGUGAGAGAAAGAGAGGAGGACAGGCAGAAAAAGAGAGAUAGAUAGAGAGACUACCCCCCUCCUGUCCUCUACCACCACAAUGGAAGGCUGUGCACUGUCCUUCUGGAUUUACAUGGGCGUGAUGUCGGUGUUUGUCGGCGGCGUGGUGAGGAAGGUCCUGGCGUCCCACAUCAGUGCCAUGCCCUCGCUGGUGGCCUGGCUGGCGGCCACCGUGCUGCUGGAGAGGCUCUGCACCCUCUGCCUACCCGCCUUCCUGGUGCUGGCUGGGCUCUGUGCCGCCUGUUGUCUCUACUCCUCCAGGCAGGCACCAAACCUGGCUACCAGCCUGCCAACAGAGGAAAAGGCUGUCCUCAUCACAGGCUGCGACACAGGCUUUGGGCAUGUAGCGGCCAAGCGGCUGGACGCACUGGGCUUUGAGGUGUUUGCUACGGUGCUAAACCUGGCCGGGGAGGGAGCGCAAGAGCUCCAGCGUACCUGCUCGCCUCGCCUCACCGUCCUGGAGGUGGACAUCACCAGGCCUGAGGAUGUCCAACAGGCCCUGAUCAACACUAAGGCCAAGCUGGGCAUGAAAGGUUUGUGGGCUUUGGUGAACAAUGCCGGAUUAUGUGUCAACUUUGGCGAUGCCGAGCUCUCGCUCAUCUCCAACUACAGGGGCUGCAUGGAGGUGAACUUUUUUGGGACGCUGAGUAUUACCAAGGCCUUCCUCCCACUGCUGAGGCAAGCCAAGGGCAGGAUCGUGACCAUCUCCAGCCCUUCAGGAGAUCUGCCCUUCCCGUGCUUAGCAGCCUACGGAGCCUCCAAGGCAGCACUGAACCUCUUCAUCAAUACACUGAGGCACGAGCUAGAGCCUUGGGGUGUGAAGGUGACCACCAUCCAACCGGGAGCCUUCCGCACAGGACUUAGCAGUAACAUGGAGCACUGGGAGAAGCAGCACAAGGUCCUGCUCGAAAACAUCUCGCCCAGUCUUCUGGAGGAGUAUGGCGAGGAGUACAUACAGGAGACGCGAGAGCUGUUCGCCAGCCAUGCGGCGACGGCUCCUACAGAUGUGAGUCACGUUAUCAACACCAUCGUGGAGGCCCUGGUCUCCCCACAGCCCCAGGUGCGUUACUUUGCCGGUCCUGGGGUAGGGCUCAUGUAUUUCAUCCAUUCGUACCUCCCUACCACCCUCAGCGACAAAUUCCUCCAGAAACUCUUUAUCAAGAAGCAGAUCCAGCCACGAUCGCUGAGGAAGCAGAACAAUCUGGGUAAAAUCCACAGUCACAAUAACAACAACAACAACAACAUCAGCAGUUUAAACAACAACAAUAUUAUCACAUCGGAACAGUAAUUAUGUAGUCUGUUGUAACGUUAUAAGACCACUAAUGUAAUACACUCAUAGUUGUUGUUUUUUUAGCAUUUUUGUUUAUAUUGAGCAUUUGUAUCCUUUCUUCUGUUAUUUUAUAAAAGAUGUUAUUUUGUCACCUUGGAAGGGAUCAUUGAAUUGCACCAAAAAAGUAUACGUCACAGCUGCAGUUUAUAUAAAGAUCAGCACUAUAUAACAUUUAUCAUAUGUACCACCGAAGGUGGUGUAAUCUACUGAAGGACUCAAAAUGAAAUAUUUUUAUCGCUGGUAUUAUUUCGUCCCAUGCUCACACUGUUAGUGUAAGUGAAUACAAAUGUUUCAACCAACCAACACAAUGUGUAGACAUAAAGAAAGAUCGGAUAUGGACUCGAUGUGCCUUGGCAGCAUUGGCUUUGCUUUUGUAAAGUAUGUUCAUAGAGACCCCAACAGGCAACUGAUUGGGUGCUAAUAUUCCUGUCUGCCUUGUCAUAGUUGCCAUAAAGUGUGUGUUUCAGCAUCCAUUGUGUAAGAACUGCAUACACUGUGUUGGAUCUGCUGAUCAAUCAGAUAUAAGAGCUCUAUUUUAUGAGACCAAGAGAUGUGCUUUAGAUUCAAGGACUUAAUACUAAAUGUUGGAUUUGAUGUUUAAUUGAUAUUUUAUGUUGCUGUUUUUUAUGUACAUGUUUGUUUUCCAUACUACUACAUUAUUCUUUAAAUUUGAAUAUGUAUGCCAGUUCUCUUUAUCAAUCACUUAAACUGUGAACUUUGUAAAAAAAUGCAAAAAAAUCUGCAAAAAAAAUAUAUGUAAAUUGUUCACCCUGUUCAUUCUUAGAUGAUAUUAAAGUUGAAUUUUUUACAAAAUGA